ACCACCACAUCUCUAAAGCCUGCCUUUUGUAUCAUACAAAAGAUACAGUAAUCUGAUCUACUGUUAUUCUUUCUGGUUAAGGGUAUGGGUGGUGAGCUUAAGAAAUGGUUAGUGGGAUGGGUGGUGGCGGUGGUGGUGCUGUUUCAGGGUAUUAGGUAUGGGGCUGAAGCACAGCCCCAGGUCCCGUGUUACUUUAUCUUUGGUGAUUCGUUGGUCGAUAACGGCAACAACAAUAACAUUGCUUCUUUGGCCAAGGCCAAUUACAUGCCGUAUGGCAUUGACUUUCCCGGCGGUCCAACUGGACGGUUUUGCAAUGGGAAAACUACCGUUGAUGUUAUCGCUGAGCAACUGGGAUUUAAUGGUUACAUUCCUCCCUAUGCAACUGCAAGAGGUCGAGGCAUACUCGGAGGAGUGAAUUAUGCAUCGGCAGCUGCUGGGAUUAGAGACGAGACUGGCCAACAAUUGGGAGGUCGUGUCAGUUUCACUGGGCAGGUGAAUAACUACAAAACCACGGUAUCCCAAAUCGUGAACAUACUUGGGGGUGAAGACGCGGCUGCUAAUUAUCUAAGCAAGUGCAUAUACUCGGUCGGAUUAGGCAGCAACGAUUAUCUCAACAACUACUUCAUGCCCGGUACUUAUUCGACUAGUCGGCAGUAUACACCCGACCAGUACGCCGACGUUCUUAUUCAACAAUAUGCUCAGCAAAUCAGGCAAUUGUACAACUUUGGAGCAAGGAAACUGGUGUUGACCGGAGUGGGCCAAAUAGGCUGCAGCCCGAACGAACUGGCCCAAAACAGUCCGGACGGCAGAACUUGUGUGCAAAGAAUCAACUCUGCAAAUCAGCUGUUCAACAACAGGCUUAAAUCUCUUGUGGACAACUUGAACAACAAUUUCAGUGAUGCUAAAUUCAUUUACAUCAACGCCUACGGGAUCUUCCAAGACCUAAUAACCAAGCCCUCGUCUUUCGGGUUUAAGGUCACAAAUGCUGGUUGCUGCGGAGUAGGGAGGAACAAUGGUCAAAUUACAUGCCUCCCGUUACAAACACCAUGCCAGAAUAGGAAGGAAUACAUAUUUUGGGAUGCAUUUCAUCCAACUGAAGCUGCAAACAUCAUUCUCGCGAGACGAUCAUAUAGCGCUCAAUCUCCCUCCGAUGCUUAUCCAAUGGAUAUUCGUCGCUUGGCCCAACUCUGAAGACGAAGAUAAAGAUAGAGACCGAGAUGGAGAUGGAAUAUGCAACAGUUCCACCAUAUGAUCAUAUAAUAAUUUCAUGCUAGCUACUUAUUAAUUUUGUACCACUAUUAUACGCAUUUGUACCACUAUUGUACGCGUGUUUUUGUCAUUUUUAAUUUGGAAAUUGAUUUCCAUUAUGGUAUUAAAAGAGGUCUAAGUUGAAUACCAACUUGCUCGAUCGUUGAACGUGAUUGGAAUA